CCUCCUCCCCCCCGCCCCCCCCCUCCUAAGCGCAUCUCACAGGGAGACGUGCACAGGCACCGAGCCCACAAUACGGCGCCCAAGAUGGCGGCCGUCCACGAAGCCGACCUCGGCUCUAGAGAUGCCCUCCCGGCGCAUGAGAUCAUCGAGUUGGUGCUGGAACACUCGCGUGCCGGCCGCCCAUAUCAAGUCCUCGGCCUGGAGGCACCGCUCUUGUGGGACCAGCCCCCCUCGGAUGCCGCCGUCCGGCUUGCCUUCCUUGGCCGGUCGCGCCUCAUCCACCCGGACAAGUGGUACCCACCGCCUCACGCCCCGCUGACCAUCCGCCCGGGGGCUUUUCCCUCCUCCCGUCCGCCUCUGCCCUGGUCCGCCCGUAGGUGGGACAGCCGACAGCAGGCCGGUUUUUAACCAUCUCCCUCCCCUUGACCCGCCUCCUGUGCGGCGCCUUCCCCCCCCCCCCCCUUCGGACGGGGCUUUGCCGGGGCAGCUCGCACCCCGAAGCCACUGCCGCCUUCCAGGCCUUGAGUCAUGCGUACAACGCCGUGGCCGAGGGCGGCUCAAUUGGCGGCGCGGCCGAUGCGGCGGACCUCCUGUCCUUUCAGUUCCCCCGGCCGGCGGUGUUCCGUCGCGCCACGGACCUGUAUCCCCUGAUGUCCGGCACUCUGGCCACGGUGCGUGUGUUGUUGCGUGAUCGGACCCUGCAGGGACAGGUGGCCGGCCGGAGCUCCUCGGCGGCAGGGCCCAUGGGCACGUCUUUCUUCGCGCCGGCGGCCGGUGGAAUGUCCUCGGCCGCGGCCGCUGUCCAUGCGGCUGCCGAGGAGGGCUUCGGGCCUGGGGGGCGCUUCUUCUCCGCGGCUACUGCUGCCGCUGCUGCCGAGGGACCAUUCCCAGGGGCGGACCAUCCGGCGCGGCGGCAGCCGAAGCUGGGCCAUGGGUCCGGCAGUUCGGCCGAGGCAGAUCCCCCUCCGGCCGAUCGGUCCCUGCUGGCGGCCAUGGCAUCGAUUCUCCUUGCCCGGGUACUUGGCUUGUUGCUCGACUUGCCGCUGGUGCAUCGGGUAGUGGCCCGGCCGCCACAGCUCCAGCGGCCAGCCGAUGUCACCGGGACCGCGGGAUCUAACCAUUGGUCGGACGAUGUGUCACUCUCGAUCGAGGGUCUCUUGCGUCUGCUCAUCCGCGAUCGCCGGCGCCUGGUGGCCGCACGCCGGCACACAUAUGCAGCCAACUCGCCCCAUGUCGACCUCAGUCAGCCUGGUGCCGUGUCUGCCUUCGGCCAGGAGCGCCUGCGCGUGGUGGCCGCCUUCUUGAUGAUGCUCUCCCGGGUGGAUCACCCCUUGGCAUUGUCCGAGCCGAUGCUCGAGGAGGAUGAGGAUGCCCUGGCCGGAGGGCACCGGCCCCGGGCGGCGCCCUGCGACUGUGACUUCCUGGCUGCCAGCAAGGCACACCGGUGCUCCGAAUGCCCGGCACAUGGGCCCUCAAACCGGGGUACCUCCUGUCCCAGCUUCUUGCGCGACUUUGUGCCCUGCUCCGAGGAGCAAUGUGCCCUUUUUCUCAACCUACCCAUGGCCGACCCUCGUAGCAUGCAGCAUUUAGAGGCUGUGCGCCUGGGCGGCCUGGCCGAGGGGUUGCCCGGGUUCCCGGUCACCCGCGGCGGCGCGACCGCCGACAGCGACGAUGCCGGGGAAGAGCCGGGAGGGCACUUCCCCGGGCUGCUGCACGGCCGCUGGAGGCGCUUCAUCGCGCGCUGGCCACUUGGCAUCGUCCUCCUGGCCAUGCGUCUUUUGCCGGCCAUCGACCAGCCCUGCCGGGUGACUCUGCACUUCGGGCUGCGAGCAGUCCGCCAAGUGUUGGCCGCGUAUGCAUCGGUGCACCUCCUAUGUGCCGGGGUGCUGGCGCAGUUGACAUCGCUCCCCUCGCGCGGCCGAUCCCAGCUCCAGUCCUUGCGCGGCAAGCGUGGCUGGCUGGCCACGGUCGACCGGGCCUGGCCGGGCCGCCCGGGGCCCGAGCCAACCGGGUACGCCUCGGCCCGCGCGAGCGAUGCCCUGGCCGGCAUCGGGCGCCUUCUCGCCAGCACUCUGUCCGCGAUGAUGGCCCUAUUUGUGGCAGUCUCGCUGGAUGCCGUGGUAUAGGACACACAUUCGCGGGCACACAUCCCCUGUGCCCACAUACACACACACACACACA